AUGGGCAAGGCCACAAAACACACUCUCGACGUCCAAUGGAUUUGCACAAAACCCCCAGGCUCUGUUUCCUUGAAGGACCACUACAUUCGGACAAACUACCUCUACCAGGCCUCGACCUUGAUGGCGUUGUCUGCUUCUUCUGAUUCGCCUGACUCGAAUUCCCUUAAUGAUCUUUUGUCUAGAUCCUAUGUCCACAAUAUGAACUGGGUCGUCAAAAAGGCUCUAAUCAAGUUGAGCCCAACAAUUAAGAGAACAGUUUGUAAAAAAUGCAACAGAAGACUAAUUUCAGGUAAGAACUGCUCAGUUGAAGUAACCAACACUAGCAAUUUGAAAACUCCAGUUAAUGAUAUAUUGACUGUUUCUUGCAUUUGCCAAAAAUUUAAGAAAAACUAUCCUAUUGGCAAAAACUUAAAUUAUAAAAUUUUUGCUCACAAUGAUAAUCUUCUACCAGUAAAGUAG